AUGGCGGCCGCCCCACGCGCGUGCCGGCAGCGCGGAUGGCGGCUCCCGGUGCUGCUGCUGCUGCUGCUGGCGCCGCCGCCUCCGGGGGGCCCACCGGGCUCCGCUGCGUAUUUCCCCGAGGAGCGCUGGAACCCUGAGUCGCCGCUACAGGCGCCGCGCGUGCUCAUCGCGCUGGUGGCGCGAAACUCGGCCCACGCGCUGCCCGCCACGCUGGGCGCACUCGAGAGGCUGCGGCACCCGCGGGAUCGCACGGCGCUGUGGGUGGCUACGGACCACAAUGUGGACAACACAUCAGCUGUGCUGCGGGAGUGGCUGGUGGCCGUGAAGAGUUUUUACCAUUCUGUGGAAUGGCGGCCGGCGGAGGAGCCCAGGUCCUACCCGGAUGAGGAGGGCCCCAAACACUGGUCCGACUCGCGCUAUGAUCAUGUCAUGAAGUUGCGCCAGGCAGCCCUGAAAUCAGCUCGGGACAUGUGGGCCGAUUACAUCCUGUUUGUGGAUGCGGACAACCUGAUCCUCAACCCUGACACACUGAGCCUGCUCAUCGCAGAGAACAAGACGGUGGUGGCUCCCAUGCUGGAUUCCCGGGCUGCCUAUUCCAACUUCUGGUGUGGAAUGACUUCCCAGGGCUACUACAGGCGCACGCCUGCCUACAUCCCCAUCCGCAAGCGGGACCGCCGGGGCUGCUUCGCGGUUCCCAUGGUGCACUCGACCUUCCUCAUCGACCUGCGGAAGGUGGCGUCCCGGAACCUGGCGUUCUACCCACCCCACCCCGACUACACCUGGUCCUUUGAUGACAUCAUCGUCUUUGCCUUCUCCUGCAAGCAGGCAGAGGUGCAGAUGUACGUGUGCAACAAAGAGGUGUAUGGCUUCCUGCCGGUGCCACUGCGGGCGCACAGCUCCCUCCAGGAUGAGGCGGAGAGCUUCCUGCACGUGCAGCUGGAGGUCAUGGUGAAGCACCCGCCGUUGGAGCCCUCCCAUUUCAUCUCAGUGCCCACCAAGAUACCCGACAAGAUGGGCUUUGACGAGGUCUUCCUGAUCAACCUGAAGCGGCGGCAGGACCGGCGGGAGCGCAUGCUGCGGGCGCUGUGGGAGCAGGAGAUCGCAUGCCGGCUGCUAGAGGCCGUGGACGGCAAAGCCAUGAACACCAGCCAGGUGGAGGCGCUGGGCAUCCAGAUGCUGCCCGGCUACCGGGACCCCUACCACGGACGACCCCUCACCAAAGGCGAGCUAGGCUGCUUCCUCAGCCACUAUAACAUCUGGAAAGAGGUCGUGGACCGGGGGCUGCAGAAAUCGCUGGUGUUCGAAGACGACCUGCGUUUUGAGAUCUUCUUCAAGAGGCGCCUGAUGAACCUCAUGCGGGAUGUGGAGCAGGAGGGCCUGGACUGGGACCUCAUCUACGUGGGCCGGAAACGGAUGCAGGUGGAGCACCCCGAGAAGGCUGUGCCCCGUGUGAGGAACCUGGUGGAGGCUGAUUACUCCUACUGGACACUGGCCUAUGUGAUCUCCCUGCAAGGUGCCCGCAAGCUGCUGGCCGCCAGGCCACUCUCCAAGAUGCUUCCUGUUGACGAGUUCCUGCCUGUCAUGUUUGACAAGCACCCAGUGUCCGAGUAUAAGGCCCACUUCUCCCCCCGUAACCUGCGUGCCUUCUCCGUGGAACCCCUUCUCAUCUACCCCACGCACUAUACAGGGGAUGACGGGUACGUGAGUGACACGGAGACCUCAGUUGUAUGGAAUAAUGAGAACGUCAAGACUGACUGGGACCGUGCCAAGUCCCAGAAGAUGCGGGAGCAGCAGGCACUGAGUCGUGAGGCCAAGAACUCAGAUGUGCUCCAGUCCCCGCUGGACAGUGCUGCCCGUGACGAGCUCUGAGGGGCAGCAGCCAAAAUGCCAAAGCAGCCAUUGCUGGCCCAACCUUCACGUGCUCACUGGGGACAGCAGAUCCACCUAUGUAUCCUGGGGCAGGCCGUGGAUGACUCUCCAUGCAGGGUGGUGUCCAGCCAGCUCUUGCUUAGCAGUCACAUGCACCCAGGCAGCAUUAAUGAAGUGCCUACUGUAUGCCAGGAACAGGGCUUGGCGCUGGAGGAUUGGGCAGGAACAAGCCCUCUUCAUUCAUCUGUUCAUGUGCCCAACACUUAUAAGCACCUGCUGUGUACCAGGUCCCUGUGUUAUGGCAGUGAACAAGGCAUGAUGAUUCGCUUCAUCAGUGAUUGAUUCAGUCAUCAAGCAUAUAUUGAUCAGAUUAAGAAUCAGGCGCUAUGAUAUACAUUCAUUUUUAAAAUUCAUUCAGGUAUUUGUUGAGUACCUACUAUGUAUUGGGCACCAUUCUAGGUUCUGGGGAUAUUGAGGUAAGACACUUUGAUUAAUUUAUUCGAACAUGUAUCAAGCACCUACUAUGUGCAUGGUACUUGUGACACAAAGAUAAGUUCUUGAUUUGGUGCGUUUAUAUAGUGCCUGUUGUGUGCCAGGAGCUGAGCUAGGUGCUGGGGAUGGGGGUAAACAAGGUACUUUUCACUUCUCACUUGGUUUCUUACACAUCUCUAGAGUACCUGCUGUGCUCCAGGCACCAGUGAUACAAAAGUGUGACAUUUGUUCCGUCGGCAUUUUUCAUCACCCACUGUGUGCUCGGCUGCAUGCCAAGUGCUGGGACACAGACGUACGAGUCCCUUCAUUUCUUCAGGCAGCAAGCAUUAAUUGAGCACCUACUGUGUGCCAGGCCUCACAGACUCCCAGUUGGGUUGAAUGGUUGUCCAAGUUUGCUUCUUCCUCAUCUCUUCUCACCUGAGCUGUGUGCAGACAACAACCCCCACUGCCCAAGAGUGUCCCGCUGGUAGCUCUAUCCCCAUCAGGCAACCAUGGUCCCAGUGGUCACCUGGCCACAUGUUAGCCCCCCUGGAGGGGGCACAAGAUGGAGAUGGGGGCUGGGUCUCCCUUGCCCUCCCCCGUUCCUUUUGCGUGACCUCCCUGCCCUUACGUCUCAGGUGUGGUCUCUGCCUGCUUGAUGGGAUGCUCUGUUCAAGUCUUCGGUGGGAUCAUGUGUUUGGGGGCUGGAGGGGCUGCUGUGCCUUCAGCCUGAAUCGAAUGUCAAAUGCAGCCAGUGGUCUUCAUCCUCUGGGGGCUAACUCUGCUGUCUGGGUCGGGUCCUGAAUAACUUGCUUAUUUUUUUAUUAAAUGUUCCUGGUUGGUUUUCACUGAA